AUUGAUUUUUGUGUUCCUAUACUUGUUAAACUUGGAAAAGGAUUGUGUUCCUAUAGUUGAAAUUGGAAUUUUAAAUUGCAAGAUGACACUUUUUUUAUUUCUUAGGAAGGAAUUGCAGCAGGAAGAACAUUUGCUUCUCUUCAAAACUAUCAAGUUGAUGGAAACAAAGAAAUGACAGCAAUUGGUCUCAUGAACAUGGCUGGUUCUUGCUGCUCAUGCUAUGUCACCACAGGAUCAUUCUCGCGAUCCGCUGUGAACUACAAUGCCGGAGCAAAGACAGCAUUUUCAAACAUAGUGAUGGCAGCAGCAGUGCUAGUGACUCUGCUGUUUCUCAUGCCACUGUUUUAUUACACUCCAAAUGUGAUCUUAGCAGCAAUUAUCAUAACCUCUGUGAUUGGCUUGAUCGACUACGAUGCAGCUAUUCGGUUGUGGAAGAUUGACAAGCUUGAUUUCUUUGCAUGUUUGUGUUCAUUUGUUGGGGUUCUGUUUAUCUCUGUGCAGACUGGUCUUGCCAUUGCUGUACUCUUCUCAGCCUUGUUCUUUUCUCUAAUUAUUUAUUUAUUUAUUUUUGAGUAAAUUACACUGAGAUUUGAAAAAUAUAUAGUAAGUCCCACAACUUUAACAUGAUUACUACCUUAAAAUUUGAUUCACAUAAUAAUUAUUUUCCUUUUCAUCAAUAAUUCAUUAGUUAUACGGAUAAAAGUAUGAUAUUGUCUUUUCUUUUACAUUGAAUAUAUAUAUACAUUUCAUUAUUUAUCCGUGUGUCUUUACACUAUUUACAUUAAUUUUGAUUACUUUAAUCUUACUAAAAAGGAGGUCGGUAUAAUUAUGCUAAAAUUAUAAGAUUAUUUCUAUUUUGUUGAAAUCUUAGGAGGGUCGGUGUAAUUUACCUUCUUUCUUUUUCUUUUUCAUUUUCUAUUUAAUUUUGUGGAUGACACUAGAAAAUGGGACAAAAAUGAGAAAUUUUAAGAUAUGUGGUUGAGGGUGAGAGUAGGGCUGCAAAAAAAAAUAAAAAAUAAAAUGAAUUGUUAAUGACCAGUUUGAAAUUGUCUCAUUUAAACUCAAUUUUUUGCUUAUAAAAUUUAGAUUAAGGAUUUGAGGAGGGACUUAUGAGAAAGGGAACAUGAAGGGAAAAGUGAAAGAAAUAGAAACUGAUUUUUUGUUA